CCUCGAGCGCGUGGCGUUACCUGUGAGUGAGGGAAACCGGAAACAUAAUGCUCCGUCAUGAGAUGGCCGCCGUCGGGCGCUACGCGGAGCUCCUCGCGCGGUGCCGCGGCGGGGACGCGCGGCCGAUCGCGCGGAUCCAGGCGGCGCUCAUCACGUCGGGCCUGCUCCGGCGCAGCGUGGAGCUCCACGACGCGCUCAUCCGGGCGCUCGCCAGCUCCGGCCGGCCGCACGCCGCGCUGCCGCUCUACGCGCACCUCCUCCGCGCGGGGCUCCGCCCCACCCCGCACACGCUCCCCUCCCUCCUCAAGUCGCUCGCGCUCUCCCCCGCCGUCCCCGGCGCGCGCCGCCUCGCGCUCGCCGUCCACGCGCACGCCCUCAGGCUCGGCCUCACGGGCUUCCUCCUCGUCAACAACGCGCUCAUCCGCGUCCACGCGGGCCUCCUCGACCGCCUACCCGACGCGCACCUUCUCCUGCGCACCUCCGCCUCCGUCGACGCCUCCACCUUCAACACGCUCAUCACGGCGCACGCCAGGGCCGGGCGGGUCGCCGACGCGCGCUCGCUGUUCGACGAAAUGCCCACCAGGAACGUCGUGUCGUGGAGCGCCAUGGUGAACGCCUACGUGCAGGCGGGUGAUGGGAGGGAGGCGCUCCUUGUCUUCUCUCGGAUGCAGGACCAAGGUGUCUCCCCGGACGACACGGUUCUCGUUGGGGUGCUCGCUGCCUGUGCGCAGCUGGGGGCUCUGGAGCAGGGCAAGUGGGUGCAUGGUUACCUCAAAGCUACCUCUACUAGGAUCACCGUGUUUCUGGGCACUGCACUGGUUGAUAUGUACGCCAAAUGCGGUGAGGUGCAGCUCGGAAUGGAGGUGUUUGAGGGAAUGAAGGACAAGAACGUGCUCACCUGGACUACUAUGAUAAAGGGCCUGGCGAUGCACGGCCGAGGCUCGGAUUCACUGAGGCUCUUCUCCCGGAUGGAGAGCUUAGGUGUUAAGCCGGAUGACAUCGCCUUCAUUGGUGCGUUGUGCGCGUGCACGCACACCGGAUUGGUUGACAAGGGCAGGGAGCUUUUCGAUUCCAUGUUGAACAGGUACGGCAUUAAACCCAAGAUUGAGCAUUAUGGAUGCAUGGUAGACCUCCUGGCACGGAAUGGAUUGCUCAGCGAGGCCAGAGACAUGGUUCACAAAAUGCCCAUGAAACCUGAUGCCUUAAUCUGGGGAGCUCUAAUGGCUGGCUGCAGGUUUCACAAGAAUGUAGAGCUGGCCGAGUAUGUUAUAAAGCAUUGGAUUGAAUUGGAGCCCCACAAAAGUGGUGCUUAUGUGCUUUUAGCUAACAUAUACUCUGCCUCUGGUAGGCAUGCUUCUGCCAAGGAAAUCAGGUACGUAAUGCGUGACAAGGGGGUUGAGAAGAUACCUGGAUGUAGCAAUGUGGAGAUUAAGGGAGUUGUCCAUCAAUUCAUUGCUGGAGAUCUGUCUCAUCCCUGCAUCAAAGAUAUUUUGACCAAGUGGUAUGAGAUUGAUACUAGGAUAAGGUUGGAGGAAGGUUAUAUCCCUGACAGGAAAGAAGUUUUGCUUGACAUUGAAGAAGAAGAGAAGGAAGGUGCUCUCAGCCGCCACAGUGAGAAGCUGGCCAUCGCAUUUGCUUUGAUUAGUACAAGUGAUAAUACGCCCAUUCGGAUUGUCAAGAACCUCAGAGUCUGCCAAGAUUGCCAUCAUGUCACAAAACUUAUAUCCAAAGUAUACGGGAGAGAAAUUAUUGUCAGAGAUCGAGCUCGUUUCCAUUUGUUCAAAGAUGGCACCUGUUCAUGCAAGGACUAUUGGUAGUAACUAGCAAACUGUGUACUAACAGCUGUACCUGUCUCAUUAUCGAGCAUGGACUAUUCAGCCCAGAAAAAUAUGU